GUUGUGGUGAGGGUUGCAGCAUAGUGAACACAGCUGUAGACCUCGAUUGUUUCGAUUUGCAAAAGCACUGUCUCUUUUCUUCUGUAUGUAUGGUGGUUAAAGAGAAGCAGUGCAGCUUGCUCAGCAGUGGUUCUUUGAAAGGAGAGCGAGAGAGAACAGGCGUAUGAGAUGAUGGGACUGUGGUUGACCUAGACUGUUCUGUAGCCGGAGUGAGGUGGCCUGUGCGUAGGGGAGAUAAUGUCACUGAAUGACCCUCUGACCCAUGGCUGGAGCUUCACUAAGGAAUCUGUGGUUCUCAGAUAAGGUCUCCACUGAGGUGUCUGAAUUUUGGAAUUGACAGCUUUGAUGCAGCACAGUGUUGAAGACAGUCCAAGAUGACGGAAGAGGUGAUUGUCAUUGCCAAGUUUGAUUAUAUGGCCCAGCAGGACCAGGAGCUGGACAUUAAGAAGAAUGAGCGUCUCUGGCUCCUGGACGACUCCAAGUCCUGGUGGAGGGUCCGCAACGCUACCAACAAGACAGGCUUUGUGCCGUCAAACUACGUAGAGAGGAAAAACAGCGCCAGAAAGGCCUCCAUCGUCAAGAACCUCAAAGACACUCUAGGGAUCGGGAAGGUGAAGCGGAAAACAGGGAUGAGGGAAACAGCAUCGAGUGCAGAGGCGGAAUUUUACGCAGACAACGGCGAGCGGCUGUAUGACUUGAACCUCCCGGCGCUGGUGAAGUUCAACUACACGGCCGAGCGGGAGGAUGAGCUCUCCCUCGUUAAGGGCACCAGGGUCAUCGUCAUGGAGAAGUGCAGUGACGGCUGGUGGAGAGGCAGCUACAAUGGCCACUCGGGCUGGUUCCCCUCCAACUACGUGACGGAGGAUGCCGAUGGCUCGGCCAGCGGAGACAUGGGCUUGUCUGAAAAGCUUGCUGCCGUGGUUCACAGUGCCAACGGGAACAGGGUUCUGCACACGGUCCAGGCGCUCUAUCCCUUCAGCUCGGUCAACGACGAGGAGCUGAACUUCGAGAAGGGCGAGGUGAUGGACGUUCUGGAGAAGCCCGAAAACGACCCGGAGUGGUGGAAGUGCCGUAAAGCUGACGGGCAGGUUGGCCUAGUGCCCAAGAACUACGUGACCGUGCUGCAAGAGUCGCAAAAUUCUGCCAACAUGGCUGGACCGCCCACGCCUGACUGUGAUUACAUCGAGCCUUCAAUGAGCGGCCGCUUUGCGGGCAAGGAGUGGUACUACGGCAAAGUGACCCGCCACCAGGCAGAGGUGGCUCUCAACCAGAGAGGCACGGAGGGAGACUUCCUCAUCAGAGACAGUGAAUCCUCGCCCAACGACUUCUCCAUAUCGCUGAAGGCCCAGACCAAAAACAAGCAUUUCAAAGUGCAGUUGAAGGACAACCUGUACUGCAUCGGACAGCGCAAGUUCGGCUCCAUGGAGGAGCUGGUGGAACACUACAAAAAGGCGCCCAUCUUCACCAGUGAGCAGGGCGACAAACUUUACCUGAUCAAGGCCCUGCCCGCCUCCUGAUCCGGACUGUGGCCCGGACCGGAAAUCUAGAACCACAUGGCAGGACUGAGAGACUUGGAAAACAAAGCAUUCCGACAGCAGAGAGAGAGAGAGAAGGGGAGAAAUGGUCUUUGGACUCCCAUAUUCAUGCUCUGAGAUGGUUUCAUGGGCAGACACUUCCAUAUAUCAAAAUACAGUUAUGUAUAGGGCAUAGGUGAUGUAUUUUGAUGUCAACAUGUAUUAGAAUUACACCUAGGUGUUCUUUUGUUGGUAUAUAUCCUUUUUUUUAACAGUUUCUUUUAGUAAUUGUGUCUUUUGAUUUCCGACUACCGAGCAGCCAUUUGGAACUUGAUCAUGUUGCUGAAUUCCAGAAAACUGAGAACUUGCGUUGCAUUUUUCCCAAAGUGUUGCGUAUUGCCUGUGUUUUAAUCACGACGCUUGAAUAACACGACGCAGUGAGAUUAUUUAACUUGAUAUAUUUAUAGGGAUCCAACGUUUCUGCUAAAAAAUAAAAAAAAAAAGGGGGUGACCAAAGCCUGUUGCUCAGAGUGAAGGCUGGCUGUAUCAAUCAGGCUUAAGGCUGAAUGUUUACAGAUCAUGUCAGCUGUUUUGCUGUUGCCGAGCAGCUUAGCAGGAUGUAGUGGCUGCAUGCUUCCUGCUCACAUCAUGUUGUACUGAGGACACUUUAUGUUCAAAGUGUUGGUUCCUCGUACAGUGAUUGCUUGUUUCCUUAUCAGAGUAGCCUGGUGGAAGCAUUAGGAUUGGCACCCAGGUCACCGACUGAUCGUAACUGAAUCCCAAACCGCUUAUUUUCUUAUUUUGAACAGUGAGGCCGAUUCAGUGAUGGCGACAUGUUCCUGCUUACUAUAACACUGUUGCUGAACUUGUCUAGAGCGUUGUUGAGCUACCUGAGUGGAUUCAAAGGUCCUUUUCACAGUGAUCUGCCAGGGAAUAUGAAAAUGAGAAUUCUUUUGCCCUUAUCCAGAAGGUCUGUCUGUGUCUGAGUUGGUGAAACAGGUGUUUGUUUGUAUUGUAACUGUUAUCAGUGGUGGCGUAUUGCUUCAAAGCUUCACCAGGUGUUUCGUACAAGUCACUGCAUUGUGCUUGUGUGCUUUUUUUUUCCCCCCGCCAAAAGGCUGCGCGCUAAACAGGGUCAGAACUGGGUUUCUGUGGUGUCUUUUGGAAGCUGAUGUGGUGGAGCAGUUGCAAGAGUCAGUGUUCAGAAUCGUAUUGGAAACGUGGUCAAAAGGAAGGAACCCAGGUGGGCUGGCUGAUUGCGAUACGUGGCAGUGGCACAGGUUCCUGUUGUUUUUUUGUUUUGUUUUUCUUUUCAGUGGGUCGAUAAACUGCUCGAGGAUGUUAAGAUGUUCCAGCGAGGAGCUGACGCCAAUAUGUAAAACCUCAGCAGAUAAGAGGAUGUUUGUGAAGGGGAAGGUGGACCGAGUGGACUAAGCUUACAGCCUGGGGAAGAUCACCCCUUGCAGAUUACUUCCCCAGCUGUGGGGAGUUGGACUGGGACGAGAGUGAGGAAUGGGGAUUUUCAGGGAGCGUAUGGAAAAUGUGCUCACACGCACACAUAGAGAUGCAGCAUUGUGAGUCAAGGGUGACUAUGAGGUUUACAGUGAAAUUCAAUCUGGAAUAUCUAUCAAAAAAAGGGGACAUGAGGCUCUAAGAGGGGGGAAGAAGCAGAUAGUGUACAAGUGAAUAGUGUGGAUUAUAUGGUAGCCAUAGCUUUUGACUUUGUGUUCUGGCCAGACAGUCUGUUCUUUAAAAAGAAAAAAAAACAGAAAAAAAAGUAAAGAAAAGUGCCUUUGUUGCUGCUGCUCCUACCAAAGGUUUAGCGUAGUAGUGUCUAACCUCUCUCCUGGCUAACCACACCUCUUUUGUUAUUUGAGUACUGCUUUGCAUGUGCGUAAUCUGUCUCUGAUGUGAUUUUUUUUUUUUUUGCUCUUCAGAGGGACGAUGUCCAGCUCCUGCCCGCUUCCCUAUGGAAAUUGAUCUUACUGUUAAGCCCGUUGUUGAUUUACGUUGAUUCACAGUGUCGAUAUGUAUCUGAAAAUUUGACUCAGUUGUUCAUUUGUAUAGCCUAGUAUGAAGUGACCUUACUAUACAGCUGUAUCACUCAUCACGGUUAGCUGUUAUUCUGUGGUGGAUUUGCCUGUAUUUAGGACAGUCUGACUGUAAAGUUCGUAGUUUAGGCCACCCAAGGUUUCAUUUCUUAAAAGGGGAUUGUUAGUCCUGUACUCUAGGUCAUAUUUUUAUAGUUUUGAAUGAGCUGCUUUGCUGUUUAUUGCGUUUAUUGGGACCUUAUCAACUUAGUUCUUAAAGGGGAAUUCCACUGAUUGAUAAUAUAUAUAUAUACAUUUACACACAAUGUGUCUAAUAGGGUAACAGGCAUUUUCACAUUAUGUCAAACUGAAAAACAACAAAAAUGGAAAUACGAGGUUUUUUAUAUACGAUUUCUUUAACAGUGGUGAUAGGAACCAGGCAUUGCAAUGCGUCUUCAACGCAAAUGCAACCAUUUCAUAUACUAUUCUACACGUGUCUUCUGUGUUUUAUAUGUAAUGUUGAUGGUAAAAUACUGGUAGAUCUCAAAAAUAGCGUUUUCCUUAGAGGCUAUUUUGCCUUACAGUGCUGUGCAUGUAUCGUUCCAGCAUGAAUACAUUUUAAAAAAUACGUUUUAGCCUGAAACCUUCUCAGAACUGUCGUUUUGGGCAUCAGGCAGCAUAUUCAUAACCAUUUCAUUGAAGUACUUUGUGAGGGUGAGUGUGGUUCCUGUCACCACUACUGUGAACAGUUCUUAUGUUUCUCUGGAACAGAGUAUUUUACAUCAAACCAAUCUGAAUGACUUGGUUUACAUCUUAAGGAUUCAGUUAUGCAGAAAUUUUGAAAAGCUGAUGGAAUUCCCCUUUAAAUAAUCUUUGGGAACAGGAGUGAGAGGAUAUUUAACAGUGUAGUCGUUUGCAAGGUUUUAUUUCUGAAUAGUCUUUAAUAUGUACACUUUUACUUUCCCUGCGUCUCUAAAAUGUCCACAUGUACAUCCAGCAGAGCCGUGCAGGGUGACGCCAUGACUGUGUUGCUGUGUGAAUAAGGACAUUGCAGUCUUUUAUCUCUUGUUUAAGGAUGUUCAUUAAAUGCAGUUGGCUGGUGUUCACAAUUUGAUCUCCACUUUAAAAUUGGCUCGUUUCCCUGUUUGUCUCACAGCAGCUGGAAUGGUGAGUGUUUGUGUCGGUCACUCUUUAGCCUGCCUCCACCAAUCCAGUACUGUUUCCUGACAUACCAUGUCCUGUAAAGGGAAAUUUCACCAUUUUUUUUAAAACAUAGUUCAGUCAUUGUCAUGUAAACAAACCCAUUCAGUGUGGUUUGAUGUGAAAUGGUUCAUUGUAGAGAAACGCAUCUGCUCGGAUUAACAGUGGUGUGAUGGGAACCAGGGGUCAUGAUGUCUGCAAUGCAAAAUAUAGCUGGAGAUACAAGGUUUUCUUCCAACAGCAGUGAUAUGUAAUGUAAUAAUAUGUAAUAAUAAUGGUAAAUAUAAUGUGUAAUAAUAAUGGUAAAUAGUGGUAAAUCUGAAAAAGUAUGUUUUCUAUUUUUCCUCACAGUGCCCUGCACCGUACUUAUUUUGUGGAAUACCUUUGCGUGGUGAGAACAUUUUAUAUGUGAUGUUCAGACGUCUGGUUCGUAUCACCACCACUGUGAACAAUUCUGACUCUGUAUGUUUCUCUAGAACAGACCAUUUCACACCAAACCACUCUGAAUGACUUUUACAUCUUGACGACUGCAAUUUUGAAAAAUUGGUGGAAUUCCCCUUUACAUUUCCUACUUUAAUAGCGCUGAUCUAGGAUCAGUUUUUCCAGUCUAACUAUUGCCCUUGCAUGUAACUGAUCUUGGAACAGCGCUCAUAUUUUAAGCCCUUGAUAGACUUGUUGACCAAGUGCUCUCCUCACUAUUAAUCGAGCCACUAGCUGCUCCAGAAAGAUCCUCUUUAAUGAUUUAGAUGCUGAUGACUGCAGCAUGCUCAGAUAUUAAAGACCCACUUUGAUCCUAUAAUUUCUAACCUGGAGCAUUUUAGAGAGAUUAAUUAAGUACUGACCCUGAACCUGUGCUGAGGGGCCAGCGUGUUCGCGCUCUGUCAGACAGAGGAGAUGUGGAGGAAAUAUGGGCCAGACAAUGCUGUGAAACUGACUGUACUUAUAUGCUCACUAUCUACAUGGAACUAAAACUCGUCUUCGUAUCUAAUAGAAGUUUAUUAGACUGUUCAAAGGAAGUAAUAAAGUACAUAAACCAACA